AUGUCUUCCGCCCAGGAAAUUGAGACGAAGAAGCGUAAGAGGAAGCACAAGAGCAAGACGCGCGAGGAAUCGACUAUCGCAGAGCCCGUCAGCAACGGCGUCGCAGAACAACAGAAGCCCCGCAAGAAGUCGAAGAAGGAGCACACGCCCGAGCCCGAGGUCGCUGAGGAUGUGGCUAGCGACGCCGAAGAGGAGAACGAGGAGGAGCUCAAUGCGGAACUGAGGAAGAUUGCUGCCGACGCUAAGGUCGCUGAAGUUGAAGACGAAGACGAUGAUCAGUCCGGCGAUGAGGCAGACCACGUUGAGGCUGCUACCGGCGCGAAUGCAGACCUUGUUGCAAGCACUUCUAUGCCCACCGUCGACGACCCCGUCAAGUUUUCCGACCUCAAACUGAGCGACCGAUCCAUGAAAGCGAUCGAAGGAAUGGGUUUUGAGAGCAUGACAGAGAUCCAGCGCCGCGCUAUACCACCUCUGCUGGCUGGCAAGGACGUGCUCGGUGCUGCGAAGACUGGAUCCGGCAAGACUUUGGCUUUCUUGAUCCCUGUUAUCGAGAUGCUUUCGGCGAUGAAGUUCAAGCCACGAAACGGUACAGGCGCGAUCGUCGUUGCACCAACAAGAGAAUUGGCUCUUCAGAUCUUUGGCGUCGCGCGAGAACUCAUGGAACACCAUUCUCAGACUUAUGGUAUAUUCAUGGGCGGCGCAAACCGUUCCGCAGAGGCCGCGAAGUUGGUUAAGGGCGUAAACCUGAUGAUCGCUACCCCUGGUCGAUUACUGGAUCAUCUGCGAGGCACCGAAGGCUUCGUCUUCAAGAAUCUGAAGAGCUUGAUUAUCGACGAGGCCGACAGGAUCUUGGAGGUUGGUUUCGAAGACGAGAUGAGAAGUAUCAUUAAAUGUCUGCCGAAAGACAGACAGACGAUGCUCUUCUCUGCAACGCAGACAACCAAGGUCGAAGACCUCGCGCGUAUUUCGUUGAAACCAGGACCUCUCUACAUCAACGUGGACUACAGAGAAGAGCAUAGUACGGUUGCAGGAUUAGAACAGGGCUACGUCAUCUGUGACAGCGACUCAAGGUUCCGACUUCUCUUCUCGUUCCUGAAGAAACACCAAAAGAAGAAGAUCAUCGUAUUCUUCUCAUCUUGCAAUGCGGUCAAGUAUUAUGCAGAAUUAUUGAACUAUAUCGAUUUGCCUGUGCUCGACCUCCACGGUAAGCUCAAGCAACAAGCUCGAACCAAUCGGUUCUUCGAAUUCUGUAACGCACAGUCGGGAACUCUUAUCUGUACCGACGUAGCUGCCCGUGGACUUGACAUCCCCGAGGUCGAUUGGGUCAUACAAUUUGACCCGCCGGAUGACCCGAGAGAUUACAUCCACCGCGUCGGACGUACUGCGCGUGGAAGCAAUGGAAAGGGUCGUUCCCUGAUGUUCCUGCUUCCCAGCGAGGUAGGCUUCCUCAAGCUGCUCAAGGAAGCGCGUGUGCCCCUGGUAGAAUUUGAGCUGCCGGCCAACAAGAUAUUGAACAUCCAAUCUCAACUUGAGGCGCUGAUUGGAAAAAACUAUUACCUGAAUAAAUCGGCAAAGGAAGGUUACAAGGCGUACCUACACUCGUACGCGUCACACAGUCUGCGGUCUGUUUUCGACGUGCACAAGCUCGAUUUGGUCAAGGUCGCCAAGUCCUUUGGAUUCUCAACGCCUCCAAGGGUGGAUAUCACACUCGGCGCAAGUCUGGCGAGAGACAAGAAGGUCGAAGGACGAAGAUCGUAUGGCAGCCAGCCGAAGCAGGGCAGGAGGCCAAUGAAGCCUAACAAACGAUUCUAA